AUGCCUGUAGAAAGCAAGUUCGACCCCAAGGACAUGGUGUUCAGACACCUUGGUCCCACGGGUCUCAAGGUAUCCGUGCUAUCCUUGGGAGGUUGGCUCACAUAUGGUGGCACGCAAAAAGGCAACAUUGUGAAGGAAUGUCUCGAAACUGCAUGGAAUCACGGCAUCAACUUUUUUGAUACUGCCGAGAUCUACGCCAAUGGCGAAAGCGAGGUUGAGAUGGGCAAAGCACUCAAAGAGCUUGCAUGGCCCAGGGAUGAGUACGUGCUCAGCACAAAGAUCUUUUUUGGCACCGGACGUAAGGAGCCGAAUACUCGUGGUCUCUCCCGCAAGCACGUCGUCGAAGGCCUGAAGAGUUCCUUGGAGAGACUUCAGCAACCAUACGUUGAUAUUGUCCUUGCGCACCGGCCCGAUGUUGGAACUCCGAUGCGUGAGAUCGUGGAAGCAGGCUUCACUCAAGUCAUUCGCAAUCUCAACUUGGCCUACUACUGGGGCACUAGCGAGUGGUCGGCAGCACAAAUUAUGGAAGCCACCCUCAUCGCGGAAAGGCACAACCUGAUCGCGCCGAUCGCUGAGCAGCCCCAAUACAAUGCAUUCCACCGCGAGCGCUUGGAGGUUGAGUAUGCGCCUCUCUUCCAGCAGUUCCAAUAUGGCACAACCAUCUGGUCACCAUUGGCAUCGGGUCUUCUGACCGGUAAAUACAACGAUGGAAUCCCCUCGGACUCCCGAUUCGCCACCAAUGCGAGCACCUUCGACAGCACCAUCAAGUCGCUGCAGACCGAAGAAGGCCAAGCCAAGAUCGCCAAAGUCCGCAAGUUGACCACCAUCGCUGAACGUCUCGGCGGCAAUGCCGGCCAGCUCGCGCUUGCCUGGUGCAUCAAGAACCCGAACGUCAGCACCGUCAUCCUCGGCGCGACCAAGGUCAGCCAGAUUGAAGACAACUGCAAGGCCAUCCAGCUGGUUUCCAAGCUCACAGACGAGGUCAUGGAGGAAAUUGAGGCCGUAUUGGACAACAAACCGGCCGAGGUCCCAGCCUACGGUCGCAAGAGGUGA